CCUUCCUCUUCCUCGGUUUCCGUCGCCGUCGCCGCCGCCACCACCGCCGCGGGAGGGUGGAACGGGGUGGGUGGCCUGGGCCAGACCCGGAGAUCGACCGUCGGGGAAGAGUAGAGGGGGGCCCAGCGUAUUCUUGCAGCGGCAAUAAAGGGAGAAUAUGGGAGGAAAGAACCAGGACAACCCCCGGAAAGUCAGAACAAACCUUGUCAUGCCCAGAUAUGGUCCAUCAAGCCCAUUUACAGGACACUUAAGCAUAAAAAGUAAUGCUUUUUGCACUGACUCCUCCUCUCUCAGACUAAGUACCCUCUACCUGAUCAAGAACCACAUGGCUAUUCACUAUAAUAAAAUCCUUUCAGCCAAAGCUGUUGUAGAUUGCUCAAUGCCAGUAAGCAUGACUUCCAGCGUUAAAUAUUCAGAUCAGCAGCGAAGAGAGAAACUUAAGAAAGAAUUGGCACAGUGUGAAAAGGAUUUAAAAUUAGCUAGAAUCGCUACACAAACAAGUAACAAAUUUAGUUCCAGUCCACUUUCAUCCAUGGGUCUAAAGCUUUCAGAGGAGUCACAAGAAAAGGAUGAAGAAACUGAGGAAGAAAAUGAAUUUCCAUCUUUUUCAAAAUCGUUACCACCUGCACCAGACAAACAAUUUAUAGAUUUUUCUAAUCUUGAAAAAACUGUCAAAAAUGAAACUCGAAAGACCUAUAGUACCUCAGGUGUAUCAAAUCCCCGAAGACAAUUUUCUGGACCCUUAUAUAAUGCCUCUAAUGGUAGUGGUAAGAGUACCAAAAAUCCACGGAGGUUUCAGUUAUUUACUUCAAAAGCUCCUAGCGGAGAUCUCCUAGAGAAGCAUUCUACACGCUUUACUAACAAGCAGCUGCCGUUUACUCCUCGCACUUUAAAAACAGAAGCAAAAUCUUUCCUUUCUCAAUAUCGAUAUUAUACACCAGCUAAAAGAAAAAAGAGCACCCACGAUCAAUUGAUUGAGGCAGAAACCCAGACUGACUUAAGCAGUUUUAAAACUCAUUUUGUGUCAGCUGAGUUGAACAAUAUAAAUUCAGAAGAAGUGAUCAUAAAUGAGCCCAAGACAUCCAAUUGGAGAACAUAUAGAAUGAAGGAAAAAAUUAUUUCUCCCCAGAACUUCCAGGGUAACUUGGCCUGGGAGAAAGUUAAAGAAGAUGUUCUUCACUACCCAUUAUCAAGAGCAUCCAUUCCAUAUUACCUGCAGCGUACUCCAGUGAAAAAAAUCCAAUCUGAAGAAGAAGAACUCCUAUAUCUGAGCUUCAUUGAAGAUGUAACGGAUGAAAUUCUGAAACUUGGCUUAUUUUCUAACAGGGUUUUAGAGAGAUUGUUUGAGCGUCAUAUAGAACAAAAUAAACAUCAUUUGGAGGAGAAGAAAAUGCGCCAUAUGCUUCAUGUCUUGAAGGUCGAUUUAGGCUGCACUACUGAGAAAAAACCUGAAAAACUAAAUGGUACCCUUAAUAUGUCGAAUUUGUUUGAUUUUGAAAAGCUUGGAACUCCAGGAGAAAUACAAUUAACAGAUGAAAAUGAAAUCACAGUGUCUCCUUCUAAAAUGGAAGAACACCAAAAACCUCUGGAUUUACAUGAUAAAACUCUGGAUGCAGAUUUGACCUAUAAGGAAAUGGCAUACACUUCCCCAAGCCAUACCUCACAGCUCAGCUCUAAAGAUAAGUAUUCAGAAGACAGUGUUAAUGGGCAGGUGAUUAGUGAAACAAAUCUUGAACUAUCAGCACAGUCUGAAGAACCAAGUGUUUCCUACACCACCUCAGACCCAGUAUCCCCUACAGAGUCCUCUGAAGAAGGUGAUAAUGACCUUGAAAAAACAGAGUCUUUAAGUGCUUUGGGCAAAACACACUCAGAAAAGUGCGUUCAGAAUUCCAUUAAGAAAGAUAAUGAUCAUGAUGCAAAAGAACCAACUUCCAAACUCACUGAAACAAUCAAUGAGCAAUAUCCCUUGGAUAACUGUUAGUUAAUAAAUACUCCAAAUGGCUAGCGAAUCA